ACCCCGCCCCGUUUCGACCCAGCGCCGCCGCCGCGUUCGUUUCAUUCCUGCUCCCAUUCCUCGCAUACUUCGCAUCCUUGGAGAGACGCGGCGCAUUUUACGCACGCAGCGCGCGCCCCGACUUCCUUCCGCCGCCAGCAGCCCUCGGGACAACAACAACAACCGGAGAGAGAGAGAGGAGGCAGGACCGGGACCGGGACCAGGACCAGGACCGGGUACAGGACCGGGACCAGGACCGGGUACAGGACCAGGACCGGGACCAGGACGAGGACCGGGACCGGGACCGGGACAGGGACCGGACGCUGGCGGAGGUGUUUCCCCCUGGACGCUGCGAGCGGCUGCUUCGAUCCGUGGAAAAGUGUUGAGGGGAUUAAUCCUUCAGAAGAAGAAGAGGCGUAUGAAGCGAGGGCUCCUGCUGUCCGGCGUUGGAUAUCGGAACCACCUGGUGGACUUCUCCACAGUCAGACAUCAGCCACUUUCAGCAUUCCCAUUGGUUGUUGGCAUUUGGGAUCAUUUCGCAGUUAGCGUUAAGUUUAUCCGUGUUCCCACUGGGAGCCAGUCGUUGCGAUUCGAAUCAACGUUAACUUGAGGGUUGACCAGUGAGCCUGUUACCACGUCACCUGCGUGGCCUCAGAGCAUUAGCAUCAGUGCUGAGGAACGCGCUAGCGGCCGGUAUGGAGCGCAGUAGCUGGAGCGGCAGUGAGAGCGCCGGGGAGGACAUGGACAGACUCAGUGACUCGGGAGGGGACAAGACCAUGGACGGGGACCCCGAGGGGGUCUGGAGCCCCGACAUCGAGCAGAGCUUCCAGGAGGCCUUGGCCAUCUACCCGCCCUGUGGGAGGAGGAAGAUCAUACUGUCGGACGAGGGAAAGAUGUACGGCCGUAACGAGCUGAUAGCCAGGUACAUCAAGCUGCGAACGGGCAAGACGCGGACGAGGAAACAGGUAUCCAGUCAUAUCCAGGUUCUAGCCAGAAGAAAAUCCCGGGAAUUCCAGUCCAAACUAAAGGACCAGAGCGCCAAGGAGAAAGCGCUGCAGAGCAUCUCGUCCAUGUCGUCGGCCCAGAUCGUCUCGGCCACGGCCAUACACAGCAAGCUCCUGCCGGGGAUCGUACGGGCCAGCUUCCCCGGCAACGCACAGCUGUGGCAGGGGAUGAUUCCCGGGGGACAGUCCAGCUCCGCCGCAGAAGACAUCAAGCCGUUCUCCCAGCAGGCCUACAGCGUGCAGACAGCGGGGACCACCACCAUCUCAGGCUACGAGCCCCCCACUUCCGCCCAGACGCACAGAGAGCCAGCGUGGCAGGGUCGCUCCAUCGGCACCACCAAGCUACGACUGGUGGAGUUCUCAUCCUUCCUGGAAACGCAGAGGGACCAGGAGGCCUACAACAAGCACCUGUUCGUCCACAUCAACCAGAGCAGCCUGAGCUACAGCGACCCGCUGCUGGAGUGUGUCGACAUCAGGCAGAUCUACGACAAGUUCCCCGAGAAGAAGGGCGGCCUCAAGGAGCUGUUUGCCAAGGGCCCGCAGAACGCCUUCUACCUGAUCAAGUUCUGGGCGGACCUGAACUACAGCGUGCAGGACGACCCCGCCGCCUUCUACGGCGUGAGCAGCCAGUACGAGAGCUCGGAGAACAUGACCAUCACCUGCUCCACCAAGGUCUGCUCCUUCGGCAAGCAGGUGGUCGAGAAGGUGGAGACGGAGUACGCCAGGUUUGAAAACGGCCGAUUCGUCUACAGAAUAAAUCGCUCUCCGAUGUGCGAAUACAUGAUCAACUUCAUCCACAAGCUCAAACACCUGCCGGAGAAGUACAUGAUGAACAGCGUGCUGGAGAACUUCACGAUUCUGCUGGUGGUGAGCAACAGAGACACUCAGGAGACGUUGCUGUGCAUGGCGUGUGUGUUCGAGGUUUCCAACAACGAGCACGGAGCCCAGCACCACAUCUAUCGACUCGUCAAGGAAUAACACACACACUUAGAGAUAGAUACAGUACACACACACACACACACACACACACACACACUUAUGGCCUUUGUUUGGUAGUUAAUGUCGACACUGGAGGUAAAACGUGUGAAGUGUCUUUCAGCCUUCGACGUGAGGACGGCUGCAGGUUCACUGCUGCUCAGAAAACAUUUCAUCAAUAAUAUCGGCGUGAUUUUGAAUCCACAUCAGAUGCGACAGUGUGUUUCUGCAGGAUCGUCCCCAACAAGAGCAUUUAAACUCCAACCUGAAUAUUAGAUGCUCGUUAAAACAAAAAAAGGCACAGUGGUAGUGUAGCCAUGGCAACGCAUCAAACUCCACCCGGGGGUCGUUGUUUUUUCCCCAAAGAACGUCCCGACUCCGGUUUCACCCGGAGACGUCACGUGUCACCGGCCAAUCGGGUCACGGCCUGUUUCUGGAAAGAAUCAACCCAGGAAGAGAGAGAGAGAAAAGAAAUGUAAACCCCCCUGUGAAAUAAGUGUGUGUGUGUGUGUGUGUGUGUUAUCUGCCACGAUAUCGACGGACCCCUGAAGGUCAGACCCUGUGUAUCAAUAACCAGAGAAGGAAGUAACACGACUACAUCAUCACAUAGAACAGUUGUGCAGAUGGUGUGAGCUGCAUUCUUGCACAAAAAAGUGUUUUUUGUCCCAAAGAAAAGAAAAUCAAAUUUUUACCUUUUGUAUGUUAAAAAAAUAAAAUAAUAAUAAUAAUAAUGAUAAUAGCUUCUAAACUUAUUGGGAACAUGUUUAUCGAUAGUAGCAUAUAAACUAUAUUUUAAUUCCAGGAUCAUUAUCUAAAAUUUAUGUCAAUAAGAAAAUUAUAAGUUAAAAAAAAAAAAAAUUUGAACAAUUCAGGUACAUUUUCUUUUUUGGGUGCAACAGGUGAUAGAGAGAUGAAUGCGUACAGUAAUCAAGCCAAGACGCUGUUAUCAGUUAUAAUCCUGAAGAUUUCAGUCCUGGUCGAUUGAGCCGUCGUCGUGUUUCCUGUGAACCUUUUCACAAUAAAAGCCAGUUCAUUUUGUUUUGUCAUUAAAAUGCUUUUAAGCAGCAGCAGCGGUAGGAAACGUUGUGAUAGCAGAGUAAACUAUAAUUAUUAUACAUUAACACUGGAUUACAUAGACACGCUUUGUUUCCUGUGAGGCCGUUUGAGCCAAAGACCGGUUCUGAGGAUUAAAACUUUUAAAAUUCGUUGCGGUCAUGUCCGUUGGAAAAUCACUGUGAAUCUCCCGAACCAUACGACGACAUCAUGUCGUUCUCAUACGGUCGAAACAAACCCGUGAUCUCGAUAUAUUCUUCCACCAGCCAACUUGAGCUUUAACACGUCCACGCUUGACGCGUUGGCGGCGUUCAACUGCGUCCGCGUUUAAAAAACGAAGGUUUCUCGUCGUGUCCACGUCAGGAGAGUUAGUUCGGAGGGUUGAAGUUCAGUUCGGAGGGUUGAAGUUCAGUUCGGAGGGUUGAAGUUCAGUUCGGAGGGUUGAAGUUCAGUUCGGAGGGUUGAAGUUCAGUUCGGAGGGUUGAAGUUCGGAGGGUUGAAGUUCAGUUCGGAGGGUUGAAGUUCAGUUCGGAGGGUUGAAGUUCGGAGGGUUGAAGUUCAGUUCGGAGGGUUGAAGUUCGGAGGGUUGAAGUUUGGAGGGUUGAAGACACGACAACUGGUUUCUGCAACGUUUAGCAAGAAAGUAAUUUAGGAAAACACAAGAAAAACCCAAAGCUGUUGGUGGAGUUCCCUGUAGCAGGUGUCGUCGUGCUCGGCAGCAUGAAGUGCCUUUGGUUGGAAACAGACGGAGACUUUUUGUUCUUUUUCAACUCCCGAUGAUUUAAGCGAGCGCGACGUGUGAUUGGGGGACUCGCGUGCUCCCGGACGCCGCGUCUGGUCGGGGUGAACAUAUGUACAGGUCCGUCUCUGGCCGGUCGGCAGCGUCACGUCACCGUUCACUUUGUAUCUGACGACAUCGAUGACUCCAACGUGUGUUUGAAUUGUUCCGCGGGACAGAUUCAUGUGGAAACAGCUCGUACACGACGGGGCCUCGUUCAUCAUGUGCAACUGUCCGAACUUGUCUCUACAGGAGCAGACCGGUCCGAACUCGGAUCACAACAUUCAUGAGUUCAUUCAGAAAAAGAUCCCAUUGUCAAAGUGGCGCUCAAAGGAAACAAUGUCCUUAUUAUUCUUUUAAAAACUCAAAGGAAUACUUUAACAUUUUGGAAAUUUAGAUGAGACGCCUGACGCCCGUCUUAUGCUAGGAGACGGUUAGCUCAUCUUAGCCUAGCUUAGCUAGCAACUGGAAAACAGUGAAGCAGAGCUAGCAUCUCCAUCUGAAGCUAACGUAAUCUUACCAGCUCCUCCAAAGCUAACGAAUAAAAUCGGUGGUUGAGGUGAAAAUAACACAAAAAAACAACAAUGUCAUGUGGUUCCUCUUUUUGAGAUGUUAUUAUAGCGCUAUUAGCUAUGAGCUAUGUCACCUCAUCAAUGCUACAACACUUUAUGAAGAAAUGGCGCCACCUACUGUUUAUCUAACUUAAUUAAUUAACAGUAAUGCGAUUAAGAUUUGCAUUUGCAACAUAAUUCCUAUAAACCCACGACGUGUUGAUCCUGGAAACACAAUGGAUGUUGAAUGAGCUCUGGAGGUGGUGUUUUAUCUUAUCUUGGUUGUUUCUCACUGUUUCCAGUCUUUGUGCUAAGCUAAGCUAACUUGCCCUUGACUGAAGCUAAAUAUUUAACAUAUUUAGAGUAUAAAAAUGCCUAUUCGGCAAAGUAGCAAAUUUUCGUGCUGCGUAACUCGCGAGUUUGGCCGCAGGAUAAAUUGUGUUUACUCGUGCAAAGGAACGCGUGCAAACACAAGACGCAUAUAUUCAUCCGCUUGUCAGGAGGAUCUCAGCGCUGAUUGGCCGCUGUGAUAAAACUACACCGUCUUACAAAUUUAGUUAUAAUAUUUUUUAAAGUAUUUUUUGCCGGCUGUAGCGUGUUCAAAUUCCAGACAAACUUGAAUCAUAUCAUAUCUUAUCUGAAAAAUCAAGAUUAAAACUCAAGAUUACAUUUUCUUUUGUUGCAUACUGAUGAAUGAGGCCCAGAUGUUUUCACGUGUUACAACUCUAAGUUGACCUGCCACCUUUAACAGCUGGGACUGUUUUCAUCCAGGGAGUUGAUGUCUAUAGGACAUCGGACCGACCGACCUGAGAAGAGCCUUGUUGAGUCGACCGGCUGCUCGACGCUGGGUCUCGAUGAGCAAUGACUCAGACCACUUUCUAACCUUUGUGCCUGAAAACGAUUUGGAUUCGCCGUCGUUCCAAACCCACGUUGUUUUGACUCUUAUUUGUCUAAAAAGAAAGAGCAUGUGGGCGUCUCUCUCUCUCUCUCUCUGUGACCAUCGUCUCACCACCGGCGAAUCAUUUGGGGGGAUGAACCCUUUCAGAGUUCCCCUCGCCUGCAGUUGUCCCAGACCAGACCGUCAUUGGUUCGCAGGACCGCUCAGCCUUCUGCCAUGACGACCCCCCGUUUGGAUUUUCAUUCACCACCUCUCUUACCAAAGACCGUCACCGUGCGACACGGAAUACAGUGAUGUACACGGUGAGUCAGAGUAACUCACAAGCUUCUGCCAAAAAAAAGAAAGAGCGACUUUAAGGAUCUGGACUAUCAACGGGGAGUAGCUCACGGGGCUACACUGUAAAAAAUGUAGUUUCAAACCUUUCGUCGGACGGAAGACGCCACUUGGAAACUGUGAUUCUGUGGUCAACUCAUCUGUCGCGACUUGACUCAUCCCCCACUACAGAAUCUGCUCACGCCUGAAAUCAAAUAGAAGUCGUUCGUGAAGGUUUCCAACCUUCCGAGUUCCCGAAUCAUCGUCGUCGUCGUCGUCGUCGUCCGCGUGUCGUUUAACGUUUUUUCUCGUACGUGCAAAGUGGCGCUAUUUAUCUCGUUUUCCCGAAAACCCAUCGCGUUGGAACGGAACCUUCCCGUCUGUAAUCGACUCCAAAAAUGGCCUUGAAUCUUUCUAACUCCCGUGCAACACGUCCGUGUGUGUGUGUGUGUGUGUGUGUGCACUGAGGGUUUUUUGAUAAGGUGCUUUGUAUAAAAAGUGACAAUAAGGUUUAUUACAGAUGUUGUGUAUAUCUUUGAUAUUCUAAUGUUUAUCCGAAGACCAGAGAACACGUAGAGGUGCGGAGGCCGGGAUGUGUCCGCUGGUUCUGCACAGGGUCUGAUCUUUGCUUUGUAACUUCUUCUUCUUUCUUUCCAUCCCCUCAUGGCUAAAAGUAUGUUAGAUAUUUUCUAGCUUUGUAGAGACUUUGUACGCAUAUAUAUGCUAUUCAGUUUAAAUAAAUGGUCAGUUCCAAA